AUGGGUCUCUCCUUGGGAAGAUUGUGGCAGAUGCUUUACGGGCCCAAGGAGGUCAAUGUCAUUAUGCUGGGCCUUGAUGCAGCCGGCAAGACGACGAUCCUCUACAAGUUAAAAAUCGGAGAGAUCGUGUCGACUGUCCCGACCAUUGGCUUCAAUGUGGAGAAUGUGCACUAUGGUAACAUCAACUUCUGCGUAUGGGAUGUGGGUGGCCAGGAGAAGCUCCGAGGACUGUGGCGACACUACUACAAGGGAGGGAACGCCCUCAUCUUCGUCCUGGACAGUGCUGACCACGACAGGCUUCCACAAGCCAAAGAGGCACUCCUCUCGAUUCUACAGGAGGAGGAGCUGCGGGAGGCUCCCGUCCUCGUCUUCGGAAACAAGAAG